UAUUCCUCUCCUUUCCCUCGUCUUCAUCACUUUCCUAAAAUCCCAUCACUCUCUUUUUUUUGGUUGGUCCCAGAAAAAAAAAUCUAAAAUCAAAACUAUAUAAAAUCUCAAUUCACCAGUUCUAUAAAAUUAUAUACGCACACACAUAUAUCUGCUUUCUGAUUGUUUGUGUGUGUGUGUGUACGUAACGCAUAGCUCUUUGUGGUCAUUGAUCGGGAUUUCUACAUCAUCUGUCUUCGCAGUGGGAUCGAGUUUGUUGUUUUGUGCAGUUUGAUCUCGUAUAUUCGUCAAUCGGGAGUUCGAUCGGAAAUUGAAUGCGUGGAUCUGAUUCCGAUCGAAUGACCUCCAACUUAAGGGCUACAGGUUGGCUUCUCAAUAUAUUGGUGUCUAACUGUUCCUUUUAUGGGACAAGUAGGAGCUGAUAAGGAAAUAUUGGCAAUGGGAGAGACACCAGAUGAUGCUGGGCCAUCGGAGCAAGGACCUUCUAAUCAAACCUGGUGGCCUUCAGAAUUUGUUGAGAGAUUUGGAUCUGUUCAUCUGGGAUCGCAAGAAGAGUCAUCCAGUACUAAAGACUCACCUAGAAAUCUUGGGCAAGAUGCGCUGCCAUCUAAUACUGCAUCGAAUAUUCUUUGGAGCACUGGUUCGCUUUCUGAGCCCAUUCCGAAUGGCUUUUAUUCUGUGAUCCCGGAUAAUAGAUUGAAACAGCUAUUUAAUAGCAUUCCUACAUUGGAAGAUCUUCAUGCUCUGGGUGACGAAGGUCUAAAGGCUGAUGUGAUUCUUGUAGAUUUUCAGAAAGAUAAAAAGCUUUUCAGGCAAAAGCAGCUGAUUACCAAACUUGUCAGUGGAUUGAACUCAAAACCAGCUACUAUUAUCAAGAAAAUUGCUGGACUGGUGGCAGAUGUUUAUAAGCAAUCUACUCUGCAGAGCCCGGCGAAAACUACGCAAUCUUUUGAAAACUGUGGUAUUCAACUGCUAGGGCAGAUCAAGCAUGGUUCUUGUCGUCCUCGAGCAAUCCUAUUCAAAGUUUUGGCUGAUACGGUUGGUCUUCAAAGCAGGCUUGUAGUGGGUUUGUCAAGUGAUGGCGUUGCUGAGAGUGUGGACUCAUACAAUCAUAUCUCUGUUACGGUUCUUCUUAAUUCUGUGGAAAUGCUGGUUGAUCUAAUGCGGUUUCCUGGCCAACUUAUUCCUCUAUCAACGAAGGCAAUAUUUAUGAGUCAUAUCUCAGCGGCAGGGGAAAGUGAUUCUGCAGAGAAUGACUCUUGCGAUUCACCUUUGGAGCCAAACAGUCCCAUGUUUGGGUAUCCAGAGCGAAUUGACAAUGAAAAUGCAGAAAAAGAUGAAAACGUUCUGCUGCUUAGGAAAUUGGAAGGGUCUCCCAAUAUGUCUGGUCCACCAUCGAGGAAUAUGCUGUUACGAUCUGCCUCCGCGCUAGAGAGAAAAUUAAGUUUCUCACAGAGCGAGUCAAACAUUGCUAAUGAGUUUUGGCGGCAGAACCGGAGAAAAGUCAUUGCUGAUCAGAGGACUGCUGGUUCCAGUCCCGAGCAUCUUUCCUUCCGAACACGUACAAGGUCAAUGCUAAGUGGCGACACAAACUUGGCCCGAGAUUUCACCGGUGAUGUUGCCACAUCAAGUAGCAAAUCUGUUGGAGGAGCGAAAUUGGAAACUAAGAGAAUAAGGAGGAGAAGCAUUAGUAUAACUCCCGAGAUUGGCGAUGAUAUUGUCAGGGCAGUACGAGCAAUGAAUGAAGCCUUGAAGCAGAAUCGCCUCUCUAAAGAGCAACGUGAUGAUGGUUCAUCUCCUAACUCUCCAAAUGACAAAGCCGAGAACUCUCAUAUCCAGAAAAACGUCUCUGGUUUCCAUCUUGAUGCCCAUGACCAAGUGUCUGGUGGAAGAUCGACACUUUCUAGGGAACAACUAGAUCCGCAGAAGGCAAUAUCGCUGCCAUCUUCUCCCCAGAACUACAGAAGCCAAUCAUAUGAGCGGAGCGGAAUGUCACAUCGUAAUAUAAGCCACAUCUGGGAUAAAGUAUUGGGAUCUCCCAUGUUCCAGAAUAAGCCAUUAUUACCAUAUGAAGAAUGGAACAUAGACUUCUCCGAGUUGACGGUUGGAACUCGGGUUGGAAUUGGUUUUUUUGGAGAAGUCUUCCGUGGGAUUUGGAAUGGAACAGACGUCGCGAUCAAAGUGUUCCUUGAGCAAGAUCUUACAGCUGAGAACAUGGAAGAUUUCUGCAAUGAGAUUUCCAUUCUUAGGCAUCUUGGGCUUCUUGCAGUUAUACUUUUCCUUGGAGCAUGCACAAAGCCUCCAGGGUUAUCACUGAUCACUGAGUACAUGGAAAUGGGAUCUUUGUAUUAUUUGCUCCAUUCGAGUGGACAAAAGAAGAAGUUAAGCUGGCGGAGGAAGCUGAAGAUGCUGCGUGAUAUCUGCAGGGGACUGAUGUGCAUACAUCGGAUGGGGAUAGUACACCGUGAUAUAAAGAGCGCAAACUGUCUUUUAAGCAGCAAAUUGACAGUCAAGAUCUGUGAUUUUGGGCUCUCGAGAAUAAUGACAGGCUCGACAAUGAGAGACGCAGUCUCUGCAGGAACUCCAGAGUGGAUGGCUCCGGAGCUUAUCCGCAAUGAGCCCUUCUCAGAAAAGUGCGAUAUCUUCAGCUUAGGUGUGAUCAUGUGGGAACUCUGCACUUUAACCAGGCCCUGGGUAGGAGUACCUCCUGAACGGGUUGUUUAUGCUAUUGCUUACGAGGGAGCUCGGCUUGAGAUCCCUGAAGGGCCAUUGGGAAAGCUUAUUGCAGAUUGUUGGGCAGAACCGGAACAAAGACCGAGCUGCAAUGAGAUACUCUCUCGUUUGCUGGAUUGCGAGUAUUCGCUUUGCUAACUUCUCUCAAAUCUUUUUCCUUCUGUGAAUAGAAGAAACUUUGCAGCAACAAGAGGUUUUCGUUUUUUGAAUAUUGUUUGGCUUUCUCCUUUUGAGUUUGUUGUACAAAAGAACUUUGGUGCUUUCAUUAUCCACAAAAAAAGCUUUGUGGGACUCUUUUCCGUUUGUCAUUGCAAACUAAUGAAAUCAAAAACCUUUUAAACAAAAAUAAAAGGUAGCCUUUUUAAGUUACUUGCAAUUUUG